UUUCAACAAAUUUAGUAAGUCCCAAACACAACUUUUGCGGAAUCCCUGUUUCUCCUUUCAACCUAACAUGAGAAAUUGAUUUCUCCUUCCGUUUUCCUCAGAAGUGCAAGUCGCAUGGCCAUUGCCCACUCAAAACUCCAAUGGGUCCAUUCAGUUUAGUGCGUCCCACAGUUGAUAAACCAUCUCCAGUCAUUCAAUCCACAUACAGUUAAGUUAUAAAAAUCCUUCAUUUCUCAAAUUUGAUAACAAGCCAUGAAAAUUGCUUGAAAACCUUCAAGAAUUUCACCGACUGCUCAAAUAUAAGGCUUAGUUUGUUGUGGGUUUUAACUUUUACCAGUCAUGGUUUCUUCAGAAGAUUCACGCUCUCAUUCACACUCCAAUCCCAACAGUACUAUUCACAUUCCCCGAACACAGCCUUAUUACAACACUCCGCCGCCGUCCUUCGCCAGUAUCAGCCGCUCGAUGGGCCGCUUCAUGCGUACUGUACGUUCAAAGCACUUUCAGACUGAUCUUUCUGCUCCCAUCUACGAUCAAUCAUCCAACAUUUCUGAAAACCUAACCGACACGGUUAUAGACGUUCGCCUCGGGGACCUUGCCAUUAAAUCGCCUGUUAAUUCGAAAGCUUCGUCUUCUUCGAAAAUCGACGAGUUUUUUGACAUUUCCCAAGCUUUCAGCGACUUCUCCGCGUGCUCCAGUGACAUAUCUGGAGAGCUCCAGCGCCUCGCGAGCCUCCCCGAUCCUGGCCCGGGCCAAAGACCUAUGCAGGAACCGGAGCCCGAACCCUGUUCCGGCUUUUUGCAGAGAGAGACGUUUUCCACAGAGAUUAUUGAAAGCAUUUCUCCUGAAGAUCUUCAGCCUACUGUAAAACUCUGCGUGGACGGGUUGCAAUCGUCCUCAGUUGCUAUUAAAAGAUCAGCAGCUGCUAAAUUGAGACUUUUGGCAAAAAAUCGGGCUGAUAAUCGCGCCUUAAUUGGAGAAUCCGGUGCAGUGCCUGCUUUGGUAUCGCUUCUCAGGUGCUCGGAUCCAAUGACUCAAGAACAUGCAGUCACAGCUUUACUCAAUCUGUCCCUCCUUGAAAGCAACAAAAGAGCGAUCACAGAUGCAGGUGCUGUAAAAUCCUUAAUUUAUGUGUUAAAAACAGGCACUGAAACCUCCAAACAGAACUCAGCAUGCGCUUUGCUAAGCUUUGCUCUGAUUGAAGAGUAUAAAUUGUCUAUUGGGGCCUGCGGUGCAAUACCUCCGUUAGUGGCACUGCUCAUAAACGGUACCAGUAGAGGAAAAAAGGAUGCACUAACAACUCUGUAUAAGUUAUGCUCAGUGAGGUUGAAUAAGGAGAGGACAGUGAAAGCGGGGGCUGUGAGGCCAUUGGUGGGGCUUGUGGGAGAACAGGGGACUGGAUUGUCGGAGAAGGCAAUGGUGGUUCUGAGUAGUUUGGCUGCUGUUGAGAUGGGACGGGAGGCAAUCACAGAGGAAGGUGGUAUUGCGGCACUGGUCGAGGCAAUCGAGGAUGGGAGCAAUAAGGGGAAGGAAUUUGCGGUUUUGACUCUGUUGCUGUUGUGUAGGGAAAGUGUUCGGAACAGGGGAUUGCUUGUUAGGGAGGGAGGCAUUCCACCACUUGUUGCCCUGUCACAGUCUGGUACAGCUAAAGCCAAGCAUAAGGCUGAAGCACUUCUUGGGUACCUGAGAGAACCUAGACAAGAAGCUUCUACUUCGAGUCCAUAAAGACUCACACAAAUUGUUCUGUGUAAUAUCGUACAGUAAACGCUUUGUGGUUGACUGUAUAUGGUAAGCGUUUUGAUGGGAUUUGUACAGAGUAGUCAAUUAUUUAGGAGUUUAUGAUAAAAAUUUGAAAAUGAUUAGAAGCUGACCUUCUAGCUGUAUUUUCAUCGACUGCGUUCUUUUUGGUUUGUAUAUCCCGUAUCCCCUUUAUUGACUGUAUUUGUCUCCGUGAAGGGUGUAGCUUGCUAGCAUUUGUUUUUCGUAGCUGACAAUUUGGGUUAUCGACCUUCGUAUUUGUGUUUUAUUUCAGUGAUCAAAUUCCAUGGAAGGUUUUAUCA